AUGUCUGAAGAAGCUUUAUCAUUUACCGCUAAGAAAUUGCAAGUCGGAUUUUCUUUAAAAAUCAUUGCGGGCUUUAUUUUUCUCGGUUAUGCCUUUGGCGCACCAUCUCAGGAGAUCCAUCAUCGUAUGACACCAGAGGAGAGACUGAAAAUUUUUCAUACAGCAGGAACUUUUGUACCGCCAUAUGAAGUUGUAACAGUUCACUCAUCUCGGGUGCAAAAGCGAGACAUUAAUGCCGGACAUAUAAUGGAAAUGCAAGCUUACGGUCAGCGUGUUAAAGCAUGGCUUACACCAAUCGACGGAAAGCUAGCAACUGAAAAUACACCGAUCUAUACCGUCAAUUCAUCUCCAAAUGGGCCUCAAUUUUCCGUAUAUACUGACGGAAUGAAGGAUAUGAUUAAAUAUUUGUAUGAAAAUAAAGCUCAAGCAAUCACUGUCUCUGUUAAUGAACGUCCUGAUGGUAGUCGAGCAAUGAACGGUAUACUUGGACAAAAUAAUUUAUACAUCAAACCUUUGCCGGAUCAUCUAAGAAAUUACUUACGUCGUUACGGGAGAUCUGUCAAUGAUUUUGAAUCCGAACAUGAGGACAAAUCUUACCAUAUUGUUUACGAAAUGCCAAAAACGGCUGACAAUAAAACUCUCAUGACUCCGCUGACCCAAUCAAUAAGACCAAAACGUUCUGCACAAAAUUCUCAGAUACUCUAUCCUGAGAUUCUACUUCUUGUCGACUACACUUUGUAUUCUAGACUCGGGAGCAAUAUCUGGGAUGCUGUUCCAUAUCUUUUAAGUUUUUGGAAUGGCGUUGAUAUAAUGUAUCGAACCCUCGGCCGUCCAAAGUACAGAUUAAAUAUCGCAGCAAUUCUUUUAGCUAAAGAUCCAAAAGCUUUGGAGUACAUUAGACAUUUACAAUAUCCAAACAUAGAUGUCGAGACAACAUUGACAUUAAGCGGAUAUUGGCUGUACCAAAACCAAGAGGUAUUUCCAAUUGAUAGCUACGACACAGCUGUUACAAUGACAUCGCAUACUCUAUGGGUUAAAGAUAAGACGACUCAUACUUAUCACGAUGGAAUACUUGGUAUUGCAUGGGUAUCAGGAACUUGUGGAGUUAAUUAUCAUCAAAGAAACAUGACUAAAACUGCGGUUGUUCAUGACGACGGCGGUUAUACUGGUAUUCAAACUGCGGCUCAUGAAUUGGGUCACUCACUUGGAGCUUCUCACGAUGGGACUGACCAUGCAGAAUGUAAGCAUAACGAGGGUCAUAUUAUGGCUGGUAGUUCAGUUGCUAAUUCAACAAAAUCACAUGAAUGGUCACCAUGCAGUAGACGUGACAUGAAUAAAUUUUUGAAAGAAAACCAAUCAGAAUGUCUUACUAACAGACCCAAAAAUGGUGAAGCGGUACCAAGGUUACUGCCUGGUAAACUGAUGGACGCUAACGAUCAAUGCUAUAUGUACAGAAAAACUAAAGCCGCCAUUAUUGAACCUAGUAUUUGUCAUCAACUGAAUUGUUUUCUAGAGGGAAAUGACAGGAUGUAUACUCAAUUGGGAUCGGCUGCUGCAGAUGGUACUCCUUGUGGCGACGGUUUGAUUUGUAUUCAUGGUCAUUGUAUGGAUGAAAAAAUAAUCAUGUAA